CGAUAACGACUUAAGCAUGGCGGAUUCUCAGGGCGCAGAGCUACAUGCUGCCAGUGACAAAACGAGUCAAAUAUAUGCCAAACUCCCUUCUACACAAGCGAUUGGCAAAUUAGAUCGCGUAGCUGCUGCUGGAUGUAGUUAUGUUGGGCUCAAAGCCACGGUAAGGUAUGAUUUCGUCGCCGAGGGGCCAGAAGAGCUGGAUCUUACAAAGGGACAGAUUGUUAAGAUUCUGGAUAUGGGGGCCGAUGACGGCUGGUGGGAAGGCGAAUGCGAAGGGGACGUUGGCAUCUUUCCUGAAUCAUACGUUGAGAUCAUCGAAGACUACAAACCAGAGCCCGCAAUUGAACACACGUCCCAUCUGGAUCCUCAGGAUACGGCAGGCAGCAUGGGCGAUGGAAGUUCGCAAACACAACUCGUUACAAAGCCGUCGGUAGGCAUUGCCCCAGUGAUGCCGGCUAGGCGUGAGAAUUUCGGGGCUGCCGAUUCGUUACGGAAAAGUUACAAUCCAGUGAACCGGAUGUCAUCUUUCGUCAAGAUGGGCGCAGAGGAAUAUAUUCUUGGGAACAGCAGAGUCAUCGCCGAUGUGAAGGACGAUAUGUCUAUCAAGGCGGGUCCGUCAUGGCACGAUAGGAAGCCGUUCAUAGUGGAGAUUGGGGCACCGCGAUCUGAGAAGAAGUACCACGGCAUGAAGUCGUAUAUCAGCUACACGCUCACUCCUAGUAUCCUUGGAGUUGCUACUAACCUCAGUGUGUCCUAA